AUGGCUGCCGUCUCUUUUCCAAUUCUCCGUCUCCCGGAAUCUGCGCUGCAAGAGUCUUUGAAAUUGAUGAGCAUGAGGGAUCAGUUAGCUGUAUCAGUUCUCUCGAAGAAAACAAAACGACUUAUUACAUCAGUUGUGAAUAAAAAUCAAGCCAUCGGUUAUGUAGAAAUGACAUCAUCAACAUCAAUUUUGUUAACACUUCGGAGCAGAUCGUUUACUUCUUCAAUCAAAUGUAGAAAUACGCAAAUAUUUAAACAACAGAUACAUAACUACAUACGUAGAUGUUCCAGGAUUUACUGAGAAACAAUGGUUCAAACAUAUUACUGAUGUUUUCUUCAGGAAUCCGUAUACAUUUUUGAAAAUCAGAUACUCAGCAGGA